AGUGGGAUAUUUGGAAAUACUCACGACAGUGCAGGGGUCCAAACGGAGGGGGGCUGGUUAUGUUUUGAGUUGCAUUUGUUGUUGUUGUGCUUUGUUAGUCUAAUUACAUUACCAGAGUUAUGUCUUGGAUAUUAAACCUCAUCAGUUUUCAGCUGCGGAAAGAUUUAGCGGCGUAUCGAGGGGUUGCUCGGCUUCCUUUGAGGACCAUCUGCUGCACUUCAAGAAAACAAGCACAAGAAGGUGAUGCUCCCACAGUUUUGGGAAAGCGAUGGAAAGACACUGCAGACACUGUCAUCAUCGGUGGGGGUUGUGUGGGGGUCAGCCUGGCCUAUCACCUGGCCAAAAGUGGGAUGAAGGAUGUGGUGCUGCUGGAGAAGACUGAGCUGACUGCAGGAUCCACUUGGCAUGCUGCUGGUUUGACGACAUAUUACCAUCCAGGCAUUAACCUGAAGAAAGUCCACUUUGACAGUAUUAAACUGUAUGAGACUCUGGAGGCUGAAACCGGACAGGCUGUGGGUUUUCACCAGCCCGGCAGCGUCCGAAUUGCUUCAACAGCGGCUCGUGUAGAUGAGAUGAAGUACCAGAUGACCCGCACACACUGGCAUGUAACGCAACAAUGCCUCAUCGAACCAGAAAAAGUCCACGAACUUUUCCCUCUGCUUAACAUGGACAAGGUGUUAGCAGGUCUUUACACCCCUGGAGAUGGCCACAUUGACCCAUACUCUCUAACAAUGGCUCUGGCUGCUGGAGCUCGUAUGUAUGGGGCCCAGAUCUACAAUCCAGCCCCGGUCACCGCCCUCGACCCAAGACCUGAUGGCAAGUGGGACGUCCAGACGCCUCAUGGAACAAUCCGGGCUAAUCGCAUCGUCAACACAGCAGGUUUCUGGGCCCGGGAAGUUGGCAACCUGAUAGGCUUUGAACACCCCACCAUCCCUGUGCAUCACCAGUAUGUGGUGACUGCGACAGUACCAGAAGUGAAGGCCUUAAAGAAGGAGCUGGCCGUCAUCAGGGACCUCGAGGGUUCUUACUAUCUGCGUCAGGAGAGAGAUGGCCUGCUUUUUGGCCCAUAUGAGAAGAUGGAGAAGAUGGUACUCCAGGACUCCUGGGUUAGGGAUGGAGUACCUCCAGGUUUUGGAAAGGAGUUGUUUGAGUCGGACCUUGACAGGAUCAUGGAACAUAUUGAGAUGGCUAUGGAGAUGGUCCCUGUGUUAAAAAAAGCUGACAUCAUUAACGUUGUGUCUGGACCAAUCACAUACACUCCUGACCUGCUGCCUAUGGUUGGACCACACCAGGGAGUUCGCAACUACUGGACUGCUAUUGGCUUUGGGUAUGGAGUUAUCCAUGCUGGCGGCAUCGGUAAGUUCCUGAGUGACUGGAUUAGGACUGGUGAGCCUCCCUACGAUCUGAUUGAAUGUGACCCUAACCGCUAUGGCAAGUGGGCAAAUGUCCCCUUCAUGUGUGCCAAAGCAAGAGAAUCUUAUGGCUUCAAUAACGUUGUUGGUUACCCCAAGGAGGAGCGUUUUGCUGGCCGGCCAACUUCCAGGACAAGUGGUGUUUAUGAGCUGCUGAAGGAUAAAGGAUCCAUGGGCUUUCAUGCUGGCUGGGAACAACCUCACUGGUUCUACAAACCUGGAGAUGAUGCUGGAUAUAAGCCCAGUUUCCGACGAACCAACUGGUUUGGGCCUGUUGGCAGAGAGUGCAGGCUGGUGAUGGAGAAGGUGGGAGUGAUCGACCUCACACCUUUUGGCAAGUUCGUAGUGAAGGGAAAGGACUCGCUCAAGCUGCUGGAUCGCCUUUUUGCUAACACCGUGCCAAAGGUGGGUCACACUAAUAUCAGUCACAUGUUGACACCUGCUGGGAAAGUCUAUGCUGAGGUCACCAUCACCCAGCUAGCACCAGGAGAGUUCUUGCUUAUCACGGGCUCUGGAUCAGAGCUCCACGACCUCAGGUGGAUAGAAACAGAAGCUGCAGAGGGCAGGUAUGAUGUGGACAUCUCGAACGUAACAGAUGAGAUAGGUGUGCUUGGCAUCGCAGGACCAAAUUCCAGAAAGGUUCUGCAGAAGCUGACAGAUGAAGAUAUGAGUGACACUGGGUUCAAGUUUCUCCAAUGCAAGUCCAUCAAGCUGGCUGGCAUUCCUCUUCGGGCCAUUAGGAUCUCCUACACGGGUGAGCUGGGCUGGGAGCUGUACAUCGACCAGAAGAACAUGGCAGCUGUGUACCAGGCCCUGAUGGAAGCAGGAAAAAAUGAGGGCAUUGACAAUUUCGGCAGCUACACCAUGGCCUCGCUCAGACUUGAGAAAGGUUUCAGAGGCUGGGGAGCUGAGAUGAACUGCGACACCAAUCCUCUGGAAGCUGGACUGGAUUAUUUCAUUAAACUGAACAAGCCUGCUGACUUUAUUGGAAAAGCAGCCCUGCAGGAGAUCAAAGCCAAGGGCCUGAAGAGGAAACUGUCCUACCUCUCUGUGGACACUGAUGAUAUAGACCCCGAAGGCAAUGAGACAGUCUGGCUCAAUGACAAGGUGGUUGGUAACACAACAUCUGGAGCCUACAGCUACAGCAGCCAGCAGAGCUUGGCGUUUGGCUACCUGCCUUUGGAGCUGUGCUCUGUAGGCCAGAAGGUAGAGGUGGAGCUUUUGGGCAAGAAGUACCCCGCCACGGUCAUCCAGGAGCCCUUAGUUCUCACUGAGCCCACAAGGACCAGGCUGCAGAAGAAAGCAAAGGCCAAAGCAUAAACACAGACCAUCUGCAACUGGUUUCUUACCAACUAAUUAAUCCAGCUGUGAAUUGUAAGCAAGUGUCUGGACCAAACCAAACUAAAAGAAAAUGUGGUUAAUGUACAGAUCAGGGGCCAGUUUAGGUUUUUUAAAUAAAUAAUACUAAUGAUAAUAACCCAGCCAAUAUGUGAUGUUCUUACCUCAGUGCCUUACAAUGUUGGAUGACUGAUUUACAUUACUGACUUGUUGUAAUUCAUUGAAUGAAUGUUAAAUGUCAACUAAAGGUGUCAUUUAACCAGUUUAAUUAAAUGAUUGUUCAUCAUGA